AAAAAAAUGCAGAGAGAGAAAUAUUUGCCAGAGCUGAUGGCAGAGAAGGAUACACUGGAUCCAUCUUUUGUUCAUGCUGCACGUCUGCUGAAAGAAGAAAUUGAACAAUUCCAGAACAACAGCACAAAAAAGGAGGAAGAAAAGCAAUACCUUGAUGUUAUCAGCAACAAAAACAUUAAACUAGCUGAAAGAGUGCUGAUUCCGGUUAAACAGUAUCCAAAGUUCAAUUUUGUGGGGAAAUUGCUCGGACCACGAGGUAACUCGCUAAAGAGGUUACAAGAAGAAACAGGCGCAAAAAUGUCGAUCUUGGGCAAAGGAUCAAUGAGGGACAAAGCCAAGGAAGAAGAACUGCGGAAAAGCGGAGAGGCCAAGUAUGCGCAUUUAGGUGAUGACCUUCAUGUGCUAAUUGAGGUGUUCGUCCCAGCUGGAGAAGCCUAUUCCCGCAUGAGCCAUGCAUUGGAAGAAGUCAAGAAAUUCCUGGUCCCAGACUAUAAUGAUGAGAUCCGCCAGGAACAGUUGAGGGAGCUGUCGUACCUGAACGGUUCCGAGGAUUCCAGUCGAGGGAGGGGAACUCGUGGGAGAGGAAUCCGAUCUGCCGUGACACCCACAGCAAGGGGGCGUGCCAGUGCUCUCCUUCCAGGACGAGGAAUUCCAGUGCCCAGAGGGACACCAGUCGCCCGUGGGGCACCCUCUCUAUCCCAUCCAGUGAGGGGUACUCCAGCGCCACGCAGCAGAGGAGGACCCGGGGCAUCCGGCUAUCGACCUCCACCUCCGCCAGAAGAAGAUACUUAUGACGAAUAUGGAUACGAUGAUGGCUAUGGAGGAGAAUAUGAUGAACAAAGCUAUGACACCUAUGAUAAUAGCUAUGCGAGUCAAGUGGAGAGUGGCCCUGAAUAUUAUGAUUACGGACAUGGAACAAGUGAAGAAAUCUAUGAAAGUUACGGUCAAGAAGAAUGGGUUGCAUCCAGGCCGAGCCUGAAGGCACCAAUCCCGAGGUCAAGAGGGACCUACAGAGAACAUCCCUACGGUAGAUAUUGAAGGCAGCCCUUGUCCCACAAUGAGCACAAUGACUACAUGAGUGUCCUGUGGUCAUCAUAUAAGCAACUACAAGACAAGUGUCUGGUAGUAGAUUAACCAGAAAAAAGCAGCACAAGCGUUAAGUAUCAGUAAGCUGGUGCUGAUCAAUGAAGCUGGGGAAGAUCAAGAACAGGAAAGGCUGGAAACGCUCAGCAGAUUUCUAGCAUCUGCAGUAUUUUGCGUUUGUUCUGAGGAAAAUUUAAGCCUGCAGUGAAAGAGGACAGUGGCAUAUUUUCCCUUGUAGUUAUAGGAACAGGAGUGACCCUUUCGGGCUGUUUCACCAUUCAAUUUACACCAUGGCUGGUCUGCAGCAUCUACCUGUCUUGAUUCCACAUUCCUUCAUCCACUUGGCUAAUGAAAAUCUACCACCUGUGCAUUUAAAAUGAUUAAUUGAGCUAACAUCUCCUGUUUUUUUGAGUGAGGAAUUUCCAUACAUGUGUUCAGAAGCGUUCCCUGACCUCUCUCCUGAAUGGCCUGGCUCUAACUUGAAUGUUGUGACCCCUUAUCCUGGAGCCCCCACCAGUGGAAAAUCUUUCUCUGUACAUACUCGAACAAUUCCUUUCAAAGUCCUAAUCAAAUUGAUUGCAUGUUGCUGAUAAAAAGCAAUGGUAGCAGUAAUCGUCUGAAUGGAAGUAGGAUCAGUGGUGUGACAUAGCAGAGCUGCUUGGGGCCACGAGUACACAGGAUAACAAAGACAGCGAUCCUGGUUGAUGAGGCUGUGGGGAGAGAACAGCUAAUAGAACUGUAGGGGCAGGAUUUUCAGGUCGACAGGCGGGUGAGGCUAGCAGGCCCAGGAGCGGCCGGGAAACGGUCCACCGCCCGCGAUUGGCCUCCGACUGGCUGCCCAAUUAAUGGCUUGAGCAUGUGGACUUCAUUGCAUGCAAAGGUGAACUUUUUAACUUCCAGUCUGCAGCCAGUCCUGAGAAGACACUUUUACUAAUUCAGUCAGAAGCACCAUUUGAACAAAACCUGUCGUUAAUCCCGAUCCUGGACUCCAAUCCUCAACACAUGGCCUCCAAGGUUGAAAAGUACAAGAAAUUAAUUAAUACCUACUCAACUCUCGAAGAACUCGCAACCAUCCAAAUUCUUAAACAGCAAGCCUGCAGUUAAUUUAAACGCCUUGCUACUCACAGCAUUGUAUCGCUGGGCAGAGCUGGUCAGUGAAUGGCUGUCCCACACAGCCAUUGUUGAAAAUUAUUCUUCCCGAAGCACACUGCCACCAUUUUGCAAAGCCCACCAAAACCGGCAAGUGCGAGAAAUCCAUUGUUCUGCAGUGAACCACGAAAUGUUCAACAUGAAUCACAAUUCCACUCUCCCAACCUCAGUGGGACUCACCCAGGGUCAAAGCCAGUCACAAGAUGGUUCUUGGAGGAAAAGAUUUUUAAGAUACAUCAUCACUUCUGUUUUAAGUAAAAGGUCAGAAGAACAAGUAAACACGCUUCUUUACUCCAUAAGGCCAAUUGCAGAUGACAUCAUUGCAUGACAGGAUAUCAGUGAUUCAUCCACCAAAUUUGAUGAGGUUGUAAAAUCCUUUGACAUUUAUUUCAACUUGCAAUCCAACAAAAUAUUGGAGUGAGCAAAAUUCAGCAAGGAAGUCCAACUGCCUGGGGAACCUAUUGAUCCCUUCAUCAAUGAUCCCUACAGAGGGGUGUGAAUGAGGAGCUUUAAAAUCUGAGCUCAUCAGAGACAGAAUUGUGAGUGUUGCAGACAAGUCACUCUCUGACAUCCUACAAGUAAAAGAUGGCCUAACCCUGGACAAGACAAUCCAGAGGGUUGGACUGUCUGAGCUACGUGAGCAAUACUGGACAAUCCUACAUGGAGAGAAUACAACAUGGGGCAGAAGCCAACCCUCAGUCUAGCUUACCAGGUCACAAAGACACAGGGACAAUCCAAGCCAGGGAAAGCAAUUUCUGAACCACCUGGCAGAGCGAUCUUACCAGAGCUGUGGUGCGAAGCAUCCUUACAGGAGAGAUCAGUGUCCUAUAAGUACUGCCCAAUGUUUCUACUGCAACAGACAGGGACACUUCAGUAAACUGUGCAGGUCAAAACCGCAUCAUCACACAGAUAGCCCAAAGGUAACCCACGAGGUCCAGACCACCAACCCUGAAGACACACAGCCUUGCUUCUUGCGUGAGGCCAAAGAUUGUGGUUCUUCAUGUUGUAAUGCUGACAUUUUGGUAAAUGGUCAACUAACAAUUUUUAAAUUAGAUUCAGGUGCCAGUGUGGCAGUCCUGUCAGGCAAGGAACCAUGGCUCAAAGACCUCUGGCUUUGAACAACAGGCACUUCAUUUUUCAGGGCAGGGGAAGUCCGACUCCCGGUCAUUGGCAUGAUCCUGGAACCACUUUGAGCUGAUAUAUGUCAUCCAUAACCAGCCUUUCUCUCUCCUGAGCAGAGAAUCCGGAUCACCAGAUGGCGGAGGGUGUCAGGACUACCACCAUCAUUAGCCAAGCAAAACAGCAGAGUCCUGACUGCUCAAACACUGAAGAGUAUUCAGACACAGACUUUACCUUCAUUCUCUCUUCUCUCCUUUCAGAACAGGUUCUGGAAAGCCCUCAAUGGUAGGCAAACCUACUGCCCAUAAAAUCACCAUCGCACUACAGUGGAAGUGGUACCAGAGAAGGAUCAGCAUCUACCCCCAGCUACAAUGAUGUUACAGCUGGUCGACACCGCAGCCACAGUGCACACACUGCAAGUUCUAGCCACAAUCACAAGGGAUGCUAGAAUCUGCUACUAGUCUCUCACCAUCGACAAUAAAACUCAGAACGUGCCACUAAAUCAUCCUCUCACCAUAGGAACGCUCUUCCUCAGCCCCAGAGGGCUUUGAGAUGGCCCACAUGGAGAAAGAAGAAGUAAAAGCAGCGCCAAGGAGACAAAUACAAUGUUUGCCCACUGUGCAAGAAACAACUGAGAGUAACAACAACCUUGGAUGGACAGGGCAGCCGAACCAACCAGGCAUGGUUCAACAUGGAAGAGAAGAAUGAAAGCAUAGCCAAAUGUCAGGCCAGCCAUCAAACUAAGAGUGAGAACCAGGACCAACCGAUCCUACCUGACUGUCCUAACAGAACAGAGAAUGAAAUGUGGAAGGGUUAUAAGGCCUCCAGACCACCUGAACCUCUUACUUUAGGGAUUUGAAGGGGGCAGAUGGGGUUGUGAGACUGUUGUUAAUGUAAUGAUGUUGAAAUGGCGUUUAAGUUGUAAUCAUAAGGUAAAUGCAAAAGACUUAUAAACUAAUGUAACUCCAUGUGCAUGGGUUAAAGACUUGGGGGGAGGUAUAGUAUAAGGGUGUGGUAUAUACAGGGUUAAUGUCAGACUAAGUACAGUACAGCCCACACAGUGUUGUAAGAAGGCACAUGACCCAGAGCUAGGGGUCAGUGUGAUGUUGGCCAGAGAUGUGUUGCAACUUAGACAGGGAGAUAGCUCCUUGCCUGUACUCCUUACUCUGUGUGUAUAUAUAUAUAUAUAUAUAUAUAUACAC